UCUUUAUAAGAUGACCUAAGUGGCCAUAUUUAUUUUCUUACUUGUACUUCUUACAUUUUUCUCAAUCAUUUUCUCCAGCAAAAUAAUCAGUUUCCCAGCUUCUUCUUCUUUUUCUUGAUUGAACCAACAACAAAAGAAGAAGAAAAUAAAAUGGCAUCAUUUGCUAAACAAAGAUCUUCUAAUUCAAGAGUUUCAUUUUAUGCCGGAAGUGAAGAUUUCUACAAUCAUCAACAACCUCAUUUUCUCGAUUCGUGUUUUCUUUGCAACAAACAACUCAAACCCAAUCAUGACAUCUUUAUGUACAGGGGAAAUACACCAUUUUGUAGUGAUGAAUGCAGACAAGAUCAGAUAGAGAUAGAUGAAGCAAAGGAAAGACCUUGCAGGAAUCUAAGGACCCUAAGAAAAACGGACACCCCUACAAAAUCCGGGUCUAAAAGAACUGUACGGACUGGAACUGUUUCUGUGGCCUGAAGUUUUUAUCAGAUCAUAAAUCUCCUCAAAUCUUGCUAUCUUUUUUUUCCAUGAUUUUUUUUUACCUAAUAAUUUGGGGGAAAAAAUAAUAAUAAUUCAAGCAGUGACUAAAAAUAUUAACAUAGAUACUUAGAUAAUAAUUAAAUGCUGUAAUUUUGGUGUGAUCUGCUAGAAAUGUUUUUAUAGGGAAUUACAUUACUACCCUCACAAAGUGGGGAAAAAGUGUAUGUACUAUGUUUGAGAUGAGCACAAAGGGAAAGAGAAACAAGAUAUGAAGGAGAACAAUUUUGUAAUUUUAUCUUUUCUUUUUUAACUGGAUGUGGAUGUUUUUGAGUUUGAUGGAAUAUAAUGCUUUUGAGUAUUUUGAUUUUUGAUCUA